AUUGAACUUGAACGUCAUAGUGACAAUUUUGCAAUAAUUUUACAGUUUUUAAUAACUUUAUUUUGUACACAUUAAUCGUGAAAAAUUCUUAUUUAUUUCGACAAAACAUAGAUGGAACAAUUUUAUUAAAAUGGAGAAGUAUGAGCAAAUAUCAGUGGUCGGGGAGGGUUCCUACGGUGUGGUGUUGAAAUGCAGACACCGAGAAACGGAUCAAAUUGUCGCUGUAAAAAAGUUCCUUGAAACUGAAGAAGAUGCCACCAUAAGGAAAAUGGCUUUAAGGGAAAUUCGCAUGUUGAAAAGACUGAAACAUGAAAAUUUGGUAACAAUGAUAGAGGUAUUUAGGUACAAAAAACGCUUCUACUUGGUUUUCGAGUAUCUUGAAGGCACCGUUCUGGACGAAUUGGACAAAAUACAAGGAGGUCUGGGUGAUGAAAGAAGUCGUGAAAGGAUCUUUCAAGUCGCUAGGGCAAUAAGCUACUGUCAUAGCAACCACAUCAUACAUAGAGAUGUGAAACCUGAAAAUGUUCUAGUAUCAUCUUUAGGAGUGGUCAAACUGUGCGAUUUCGGUUUCGCCAGACACGUCAGCAAUUCGGAAGUCUGUACCGAAUACGUGGCGACCAGAUGGUACAGGGCUCCCGAAUUGUUGGUCGGAGACCCGAAUUAUGGGGCUCCUGUCGAUAUCUGGGCGAUUGGUUGUUUGUUCGCCGAAAUGGUGACGGGCGACCCAUUAUUUCCGGGCGAAAGUGACAUCGAUCAAUUGUUUCUGAUCGUGAAGAUGCUGGGUAAACCGUGUGUGCGCCACCAGCAGCUGAUGCUGAAAAACACGCAGCUGAAGCCAAUGAUCAAAGCGCCCACUAGUGACAACUGCUUGUACAAAGCAUUUCCGUUGUGGUCGUUGCAAGCAAUAGAUUUUUUAAGCGGUUGCGUGAAAAUGGACCCGAAUCAACGGUUGACAGCUGAGGAUAUACUUAAACAUUCUUAUUUCACGCACGAUCGUUUUCCUCAGCGCUUCUUGCCGGCAAUAAGGGAAAAAGUUAAUGCUGAGUUCAACUCUCCGUUGCUGAGGAAGUUCAAGACGGAAAUUUUGAUGUCGACAGACAAAAAAGACGAAAUCAAGCCUAGAAGGUUUUCCAACAAUGACCAAAGGUGGAGGUUUACUUUACAUGAAGGUAGUAUGAAGAGAAAAUUGUCCUGUGACACAUUAAGUAACGACAACGAAAAAAACUUGAUUAGUUUAUCUAAAAGUAGUCAACGGUUGAAUUUAACCCAAAAACCUCCACUGAUGAAACAGACUUCUAUUCCACCUCCGAAUAAAGAAAAAUCUGGAAAACAGCAACAGAACGGAAACAACACAGCCGAAAUGCAGAUGCUUGAAAAAUCGUUGGAAAGUUUGGCGAAGUUUUCACAAACCAAAGAAGAAACCAGAUCUCUGUCAGCACAAAAAGAACUAACACCAAGCCCUUUGUUAAGAAGUAGCCCUCCAGAGUUUCAAUCCCUGCAUUUUUCUGUGAACGAAUGCCACAAAUCACAAUCGACGCAUAGUAUCUUGCACCCGAGCAUCAGUAAUAUCAGCUUCAGUAAAGACCCCCCGAAAAAGUCGCCAAGUAUAUUACAAAACAGACUUACGACCCAGGUGCCGUUGUUAAGCAAGUCGCAGUUUUUGAAAAAGAUGGAACGACCCGCUGUCAUUGAGAACAUGUUCGACGACGCACCUCUGUGGCUUAACAGCUUCACCUUGAAGAAAAAAAAGGAGGUGAAGCCUAAAUCGGACGAUUUUGUAUUGCCCAAUUUGCCAGGAGCAUCCGGAAGUCCGGGCAAGCCCAGAAAAAAAAGUCUGCAGGGAGUCGAGGAUGGACAACCUACUGAGGUUACACCGAGAAUCAUCACACCAACUAUACAGAAAUCACCUUUAAAAACAUUCAACGGUUUAAUUUAAUUUUAAUUGUUUCUUUUGGAUUUUAGGAGUAUAGGUACAAAAGAGCUAAAAGGAAAAGGGUUGUUUUGGAUAUAUCUUUGCCUGUGAAAAUUAAAUUAUAGGUUUAUUACGUAAUAAUUGAUUUUACUGUGAACUCUUUUAUUGUUUAUUUAUAGUUAUUAUACUGUGUAUAUUUGUACAGAAAUUUUUGAAUAAAAUCAUUAUCUUUUGCCAGA